AUGGCGUGGGGCAAGAAAACGGGUGUGGACGACUUGCUGCCGAAGCUCGUGAACCCAAAGACAGCCACUAGUCUCUAUGUCAUGAGCACGCGCUGUAUGAGUGACUCGGACUUUGUACGACUGGCGGAUUCGAUCAGCAGUAAUACUAUGUUGCAGGAAUUGUACGUGUCCGGUCACGAUUUGGGACUCCAAAGUGUACAGGCAUUCGCAGACUGUUUGGCAAUGAAUUCAAAGCUGCAACACUUGAGCCUUGGCUCCAAGAAGCUUGGAGACGAUGCUGUGAAAGUUUUGUGUGCCGGUUUGGCUCGGAACCCUCAGUCUGGGCUUCUGAAUUGGGACUUGGAAUUGAAAUCACUUGGCGUCGACGGCGUCUCGGCCAUUGCGGAGCUGCUCAAGACCAACAAAGUAUUGACGACGUUGACGUUGUCACGUAAUCAGAUUGGCGAUGAAGGAAUGGAGAAAUUGGCCAAAGGGUUAAGUGAGAACGCUGAGUCAAAGGUGAAAGAGCUGAACGUGACGGAUGUAGGGAUUUCUGGUGCUGGACUCGACCAUUUCGAAGUCUUGGUAGCGAACGCGAAUUGCUCCUUGACAACGUUGAAAUUGUCUUUCAACUCGUUGACAAGUGCGACGUCUGCGUUUUUUGAUGCGUUGGCAACGAACAAGUCGGUGAAGAAGUUGCAGCUUAAAGAGUGCAAGCUGACCGAUGAACAUGUGGCUGCUCUCGCUUUUGCGUUGAAACAAAACACGACGUUGACGGAAAUUGAUCUGUCGGACAACGAACUGACACCGAUAUCGUGCGCUUCGUUGGCGGAAGGGCUUCGUGACAAUAAGACAUUGGAGAUUCUACGUCUCAGUAACAACAAGUGUGGAGACGACGGUGCUGUACUUCUUGCGGAGGUGUUGGCCGCACAUAACACAACGCUGGUAUACCUAGAUAUGAGCAAUAAUGGACUCACAAGCGGCAGCAUGACAUUACUGUUGAAAGCACAGUCAAUCACGCAGCUGCACUUGUUCAACAACAAACUUGGUGAGGGUUUGAGUGAGCUGCUGCCUGUUUUGCUGACCAACUCGGUUAUUGAAACCUUAGGCGUGGGUGUCAACCAGCUGCACGAAGGUCUGAGCGUCAUGCUCUUUGAUGCAUUACACUCGCACCCGUCUCUGAAGACACUUGAGAUGGGAGGCAACACACUCGGUAAAGAAGGGCACGCUGCCCUUGAGAAGCUGAAGGAGGCCAACAGCACACUGGAUGUUGCAGUUGACAAGAACGCGCAGAACGAGGAUGGCAGCUUUGAUUUUCAGGACUAG